AUGGAUGGUUUUGUUCUACGCGGAAACGCGGCGGCGGCGUUGGCGGCCUCGCUGGCGGAUGCAGCGCCACCGCUUGCGUCGCAGAAGAAACGACAGCGACAGACCACCAUCCACCAUGGACACAAAGUGGUUUCAGAGGAGCGCGUUCAGUACCUGAAGGAGGAGCUAGACGAUGCCAAGACCGCCGCCAACAUGCUGAGCAUCCUGGACGCAUUGGAGCAGCUCUUCAUAUCUCUCGAAAUGCUGGAGAAGACACGCGUAGGUGCUGCGCUCACGAGGAUCUCGAGACGCGCUGAAUCUCCGGAGGUACAGGACAGAGCAAACAAACUGCUGAAAGUGUGGAAGAAGAGAGCCAAGAAAGCCAUGAGACGCCGGAAAAGGCGCGUCGACACGUAUGGACGCAACUACGCCGAGUGA